AAAGAUUUCACUCAAUUUGAUAACAAUGGAUUCGCAAUCAAAGGUUGCCAUCAGUCUUGCUGUCUUGGUGGCGUUGUAUAGUUCUUUUUAUCUCUAUCUUAAUAGUUUUAAAGAAGGUGUACACAUAGAGACUAAGAAAGGAUGUAUUCCAUCUAAUUUGCCUCAAUUUACCACCUCAUGCUUAAAAUAUCGUUUGCACCUUUUAUUAUCCUCUCUUAAGCGCUUUAUCGUUGAUAGGCCUAAUCGUGGUAUUGAAAAGGCUAUAGAAAAACAGGAAGAAUUGUCAAAGUCAAUAUCAAGUACAUCAACGAGUAGUCGCAAGGUGAUUUAUUUUAUUCGUCAUGGGCAAUCCAUAUGGAAUAUGACCUUCAAUUACAAUUCGAAUAUUAUACUGAUUUUAAUUCGUGUUGUACGUUUGUUUUUGAUUGAAACAUUUAUAUCUCCCACCAACGACACAUGUCUAUAUGAUUCACCAUUAUCAAUGACUGGAAUUAACCAGGCUCUGGAAAUGUCUAAAAAUAUAUGUGAGACGGAAGAUCCAAUAUCAGAUGAUCUGAAAGUUUUAUCAAGUAAUUCUGGUCAAACGUCUGUUCUUUUUACAUCUAACUUACGUCGUGCUCAGUCGACCAUGUUGCUUGCGCUUCAAGACCGUCUUCGCCUAAACAACGAGAAGAUCGAAGUUUGCAAUGAGCUUGAGGAAUUGGUGCCUCAUCCUGAUUGUGUUUCACUAUCCUCAACAUUCCAGGAGUCUACGGUACCCUCUCUGGAGGUCAUAAUAGUUCCUGACAAGGCUAAGAACUAUUCUCGUUACCUAGAUUAUCGCAUUGGUACUGAUGUUACUAAAAUGGCUGCUUACGAAAGGAUGCUAGCGUUCAACGAUCUUGUAUUCAAACGCCAGGAAAGCCACAUAAUCAUAUGUGGUCACAGUCGUUGGAUUAGGAGUUAUUUAAAGUGCUUCUUACCGAAGGCUUCGAAUGAUCACGAGUUCAGUCGAAAUAAGAUUGGGAAUUUAGACACUCUUCGCUUUGAGUUAAUACGCCAAGAAUGUUCAGGUGGACAGGCUUAUUACAGUGUGGAGCCAAACAGUGUGAAAUUGGUAUACAAGAACACCAAGUAAAACACGGUAUGAUCCAUGUUGCAAGAGUGACGAUA